CGCUGGCUGAAAUUGUUUUCAAGCUGGCUGCUGCUGUUGCUGCUCUCGCUGCUCUUGUUGCAAGCUGCUGAGGCAAAGCGCACAAAUGCCAAUUUAACUGCCUGCCAGCAUCUGAGACGCGCAGAGUCGCGUCGAGCCAAGGCAGCUGGAUCUGGGGCAGCCGCAGGAUCUGUGCGGAUACCGCGUUGCAGGAAGACUGGCGAAUUUGAGCGAAUUCAGUGCAGCAAUGAACGAGCUGGCCAGGAUUGCUGGUGCAUCGAUGAGUAUGGCGUGGAGUUGCCCGGCACUAGGAAUACGAAUCGCACCCAAGUGCAGUGCCAGGAGCCGGCGCAUUGUGCUGCCUCCGCUUGUCGCAUGUUCUGCCCCUCGGGAUUUGCAAGGGAUGCGCAGACCGGUUGCACGGUGUGUCGCUGCCGGGAUCCGUGCGAUGGUUUCGACUGUCCCAACGGACAAACCUGCCAGCUGCAGGAGGUGCAAUGCAAAUCGGAGCCAUGUCCACCGUUGCCCACCUGUAAAAAGGCGCGUUCCCUGGCCAAUUACUGUCCAGCCGGACUGCCGCUGGCCAUCGAGGAUAGUGUUCGACCUUUUUUGUGUGGACAGGAUUCGGGCAAGCCGCAGUGUCCGCCGUUGUAUCAGUGCAUGGUUGAGUCGGGCAAUGAUUAUGGCGUCUGCUGUCCCAGCGCCUUGACCUUCCACAAACCGGGAGUCUGCCCGGCACCGGAACAAUCGCAUUUCACUAAGAGCACUGGUUACAUGUGUGGAUCGCCCUGCAGUCAUGAUCUCGAGUGUGCCAACAUGGAGAAAUGCUGCUUCACCAAGGGUUGCCAGUUCAACUGUCAGCAGGCAACCAAUGUGACUGGAUGCCAUCAGGCCAAAGCCCUCUCCGACAUACUGGCCAUCAAUGAGCGCGAGGGUCGCGGCUAUGUGCCCGAUUGCAAUGGACCUGGUGGCCAGUACUCGCCCAGGCAAUGCUCACGGAAUGGGCUCGUCUGCUGGUGUGUCGAUCCUCGCACCGGCCACAAGAUCAAGGAGUCCAUGGGCGCCGCCAACAGUGUGAACUGCGAUGGUUGGGAGAACAUGAUCAGUCGCUCCUAUGCCCGCAGCUUCCAGAUGGAACAGUGCGACACAAAUAUCUGUGCUGCCGUCUGUGAAUAUGGAUUCAAGAACGAUCACAAUGGCUGUCCCACCUGCGAAUGCUCGGAACCCUGUGAGGGUUUCAAGUGUGCCCUUGGCUCACACUGUGAGGUGGCCACCGAUCCGUUGUGUGAGUCUGGUUCCUCGCUGUGCGCCUCUUGGCCCGUCUGUAAGCCAGAUCUGGCCUACUCCAAUCCCUGUGACGUUGGCACACCACUCUCGGACACCGUCAGCGGCGAGGUUAUGUAUUGCUUUGAGGAGCGUCAGGCGAGAAGUUUCCAGCCCACCGCCUUCUUUGAGCCCGAGGCAGAGUCCAAGCAGGGCCGAUCCAUGAGCAAUCACAUCAUGUGCCCCGAACAAUACAAGUGCACCAAACUGCAUCGUGAAACGGAGAGCGUCUGCUGCCCGGUGCCGGACCAGAGCACAGCUGGCGAAGAUCAGCAGACGACACGCCAGCAAACCAUGUGUGAAUAUCUGCGUGAUUUCUCGGAGCGCAUGGAGGGCACCGAAGCGGGCAUGCAGUUGGCAAUGCCAGCGCCUCGCUGCACCGAUGAGGGUGACUAUGCCGGACGACAGUGUCAGCUGCGCAAGAUUCGCGUGACGCGAGCGGAACAGCGACAGAUCCUCGAGGAGAACACCAUACGCCGCAUGAGGAUGCUAUUGAGCACGGCACAGAGCGUGUCCAGCAAGCGCAGCAAACGCAAUGCGGAACGCUUGAAACUCUACCGGGUGGAUGAUAGUGCGCUCAGGGUUCAAGUGGCGCCAGCGAUGUCAAUGGGACGCAGUGCCAAGGUGAUUGACAUGGGCGCCGAGCGACAGCAGAGUCUGGGCCAGCUAUUCGAGACGGAUCUGAAGAAGGUGGCGCCAGCAGCAAAGCGGCCCAUUGCAGACGCUGACGAUCUGGUUGAGAUGGAGGUGGAGCAGUGCUGGUGCGUCGAUAGCUUUGGCACUGAGAUACCCCAAUCGAGGGGCUACAAUGUGAGCGACGAGAGUUGCCAGCAGCUGCGCGAGGAACUGGACUGUUUGGAUCUCACCUGUCGCAUGGGUUGCGAAUAUGGAUUUGCACUCGAUCCGAAUACACGUUGUCCCGCCUGCCAGUGUCGGGAUCCCUGUGACGGUGUCACCUGCGGCGACAGCAAGGAAUGUCGCAUUGUGGAUGUCAGCUGCGAAGGUGAAUACUGCCCACCAGUGCCCGCCUGUCUGCCGCGCAAGCCGGGACAGUGUCCGUAUCUGGUGCCACCCGGUCCCACUGAUAAUCUGGAUGCGAAUAUCUGUGCCUAUGAGUGUCGCACGGAUGCUCAUUGCGAGGGCUCGCGUCGCUGCUGCUCCAACGGCUGCGGGACGCAGUGCGUCGAGCCACAGCUGAAGACCGCCUGCCAGCAUCUGCAGUCGAUACAACUGCAUCAGAGCUCCGAGCUGGGCAUACCCGCUCGCCAAAUGACGGUGGCUCAAUGUGAGCCGGCAACCGGCAAAUGGGAGCAGGUGCAAUGCUCCCCAGAUGGUCACUGCUGGUGCGUGGAUGAACAGGGCCAGCCGUUGGCGGGCACAAGGGUCAAGUCACCGGCCACACCCAUUUGCCGGGCGAACUCCAGCUACGCGUGUCCGCAGUCCAAGUGUGAGGUGAGCUGUGAGAGCGGCUACCAACUGGAUGCCAAUGGUUGCGCCACUUGCUCGUGUCGCAAUUACUGCGAUGAAGUGAGCUGUGCCAGCGACGAGGAAUGCCAACUUAUUAGUGUCGAGUGCGUGGAUAGUCCCUGCCCCAAGAUGCCCAUCUGUGUGCCGCGUCGUGCAUCGGUCUGUGCCGAGGGUAAUCCGCUGCAGCAGGGCGAUCUCGAUGUCAGCUGUGGUCCGCACAACGAGCACGAGGCGUGUCCCACGACGCACACCUGCCAGCUGAAUCCGGUCAGCAAUCGUGGCGUCUGCUGCUCCAAGACACGCGAUGUCUGCUUCGAGUCCAUGGACAAUCUGUGCCUCGCCAGCGCCGCAACGCAGCUGAAUUCCACUCGCUAUCGCUUCAGUCCCAAGGCCAACAAGUGCGUCCAGGUGGCCAUCGAUGCGAAGGCGGCUGCCUGCCAGACCAAGAAUCUAUUCCACAAUGAACUUGCCUGCAACUCCGUCUGUCCAGUGCUCACCCCGUGCGAACGUUUAAAGCUGAAGAACAGCUUGGCGGCCCAGCGCAGUGGACACUCUUCGGUGUGGUUCCAGCCACGCUGUGAUCCCAUCACCGGCCACUGGAGUCCCGUGCAGUGCCUGGGCAAACAGCCCGCUCUGCCAAGCACACCACGUCCCACUGAGAUUGUGAGUCGCGCCUUUGCCAGUCCCAUGGCAGUGGCGACAACGCAGCAGCAGGAGGAGCAGCAGCCGCCCAGUCCGUAUGGUGUGUGCUGGUGUGCGGAUCGCAAGGGUGCACCACUCAAGGGCACACUGACCCGCGACAUUGAGCCCAUUUGCAACAGUCGACAGGCGCGCAAUCGCAAGAAUUACGAUCUGGGUGAUCCGCUGAUGGAGCAGCUCAUUGGCCAACUAACACAGCUGAACGAUGUGGCCAACGAGGAUUUGGAUCUGGAUGAAGUGGAUACCAAGCUGCAGACCACAACAACAGCGACCACUGUUACGGAACGAGUUAUGGAAUUGGCCAACUCACUGCUCGACUCACAGCUCUCCGUGGAAAUCGCACCGAUGCAGUUGAACACGACACGUUGUCGCGCCAUGGCAGAGACUGCCACGUUCCCGGUGGACUGCGAUGAGGCGGGCGCCUUCCGGCCGCUGCAGUGCAACGGAAGAAGCUGCUGGUGCGUCGAUGCUGCCGGCAAUCAAUUGCAGGCAACACACGUCUUCGGGCAGGGUGACAAGCGAUGCGAUCAUGUGCCCAUCGAGGCCGUCUCCAUUGAGCUGCACAUGACGAACAGGAGCAGGGGGAGCAGUGUACGCAAUGUCUACGAUGUGAUACGGCGUGAACUGCAACAGCUGCUGGGCGAUGUUGUCGAGAAUCUGCGUGUCCAGGAGAACUUUGAUGGAUCGGUCAUUGUGCGCUUCGAGCUGCACAAUGAGGCCAAGGUGGACAUGGCCUUCGCCAUCGAGACGGCCAUCAGUUCGGGUGGCUUUCAACUCGUUGGUGGUCACUUCCGAGCGGAUCUAACGCGCUCACACUUUGUACAUCGCACCGCUGCCCCACCAGUGGCACAAGCGGCCACCGCACCGGAUGAAUCCGUGCAAUUGGCCAUGUUUGUGAUGGCCAGCUGUUCGGCGUUUCUCGUCAGCGUUUUUGUGGUCUAUGUAAUGCUGAAGCGGGGCUGGCACAAGACGCUCCAGAAGAACGCCUACGAUUAUCCCAAGGGCGUGGCAACGAGCUGUGAGAAGCCAUUGGAGUAUUCGCUGCCCAUCUUCGUGCUGGAGGACACACAACCGGAGAGUAUUAAGGGUGGCAAGGCGUAGGGGAAACUUGAUUCACUUGUUGUUGUUAAGAUUUAAAUUAUAUAAAUCAAUUUGUAAAUAAAUUUUUGGCCACUCCGUUGCACACCCGAGUGGUGCAUGCCCCACGCUGCAUUUGGUGGCAUGCCAGGCACUUAUCAUAUAUGUAUGUUUGUAUGUACUUUCUAGGCUUGUAAGACGACUAAUUUAUGAAUAAAGCUUUAAA